GAACAACUAGGUACUAGUACAAGAAGCGCCCACGACCCAACCACGUAUACGUAUCCGACAUGGGAAGUUGUUCCGCCGCAACAGCCGUUAGAGCAAUCAUUUCAAAUUCAAUCAGAACAAUCACUUCACAUUCCCCCUCCUCUACAAUUGCAAACUCGAGAUCAGUUUUUGCGAUCCUAUCUCGCACAGGCGCAAGUAGCCCAGCAUCGUGC